CGGGGCGGUGCUGACGCCGGAGCGCGCCGGCCGCCGCCAUGGAGCCCGGGCCGUGGGGCGUGUGCGAGGAGACGGCCAUCCUGCACGGCGGGUUCCUGCUGGCCGCCCGACUCACCCAGCCGCGGCCGCUGCGGGAGCUGCGCAAAGCGGACUGGCUGCGCGUGGGGACCCCCAUCAUCGACGCCCUGGGGGAGAUCGGAGCGCGCUGCCCUUCCGCGCUGCAGCACAGCCUCUGGAAGAAGGAGGCUGUGGCCAUCGUCUGGGCUAAAGUCCUGCUGCCAGACCCCCCCCGCCCCUCACUGGACCAGGGAUGGAAGGAGGAUGGCUUCUUCUCCGUGGGCAGGAUGAUCCCCGAAGUUAACCACACUGUCCUCUUCGAGCUGGUCAAGGCCCUCGGCGUGCCCCAGCUCUUCGUGCAGCUGCUGCUGGCACUGCCCCAGGAUGUGUGCCGGCACCAGCUGGAGCACUUGGUGGAGUACGUCUCCAGUGAGACGUCCCCAUCAGACAUCAGGUUCUUCUUGGAUGUGUGGUGGGAGGUGGUGAAGCACAAAGAGGGACAGGAAGACGCAACAGUCUCUGCGUUCAGCGCUCUCAUAUAUCAGCAUGGGUGUGAGUCCUCUCUGGACGAUGGUCUCCAGCCCCCAAAGAGGUUCAAGGGUGACCCUGGCUCUCUGAAUAGCUCCCCUGCUGCCACCAGCCUGCUCAUGGUCCUGAUAGAGGGGUUAAAGCAGACCUACAGGAGCAUUGCCCUGCCCCGCCUGAAGUGCUAUGCUUUGGCCAACCUGGCAGAGCUGCUGUCUGUGUUCCCUGAGGUAGAGGCAGAGGGAAACCCCCUGCCUGUUGCAGAGUACCUGGACAAGAUCAGCUCUGUCAUCAGCCUCUGGGCCAGUGACACUGAAAGCAUGUACCACCACAGUGGGCUGGAUGAGAAGGUGAAGGAAGCAGAGAGAACCAUGAGCCUCUUGUCCUUGGCUAAGCUCUCUUGUGAAGAGCUCUUUGUUGGCUUGGACUUCCUCUCCAGCUUGUUGCAUGCCUGGGGAGAGGAGCUGCAAGGUACCUUGAACAGCUCUGAGGAGCCCUGCUAUGAGAGCUAUCGGCUCCUGGAUGCUCUUACCAAUCUUGGGAAGAACCUAGUUUGCUUCUCAGAAGCUAGAGACCUGAGUGAGGAUGAAGCAGGUGUAGUGUUAGAGCUGACACAGGUCACCAAGGACUUUCUUGAGAAGAUCAGUGCCAGCCUGAAGAGCAAGGAUUUGGAUACCAACCUUGUGUCUUCAGUUGCCAUGACAAUCAUUGAGCAGAAGCUAGACCGGCAUGUGGAGGUGUGCUCCAUUUUUGUAUCUGAAAAGACCUGGGCCUUUUCGAAGGACUGGGUUGACUGCCUUGUGAAAAACAGAGCGCUCUUCCAGAAACCAGAGCUAGUUUUGAAAUUGCUGGAGACACUGGUGAACUUUGCUAUGUUCCGCCAAGAUAAGGAGGCCCGAGAGCUGCAGAUGCAAGUGACCAAAGCCAUCAUGGAGUGUUACACUGAGCUUUCGUUAAGUGACAAAAACAAAGUGGUCUCAGGCGUCCUGGAAUCCUGGGGUGGACCAGGCCUGUCUCUGAACUUGCAGGUUGUCAUGGAGGGGUUCCAGGAGGACCUGAAUGUGACUUUCAACCAGAUCACAAAGAGUGUGUCUGAUGAAGGCCUGACCAGGGCCGUGGCUUCUGUGGCCAGGCUCACGCUGCUGUACCCUGAGGCCACAGUGAAGCAGCUUUGUAAUCUUGCUGUAGUCAACCUAGGAGCACACCAGUUCCUUGCACAAAUCCUCUGCUCCUUCCCAGCGCUGAGCUUUCUGGAGACCCACAAUGAUCCAGGCAGGCCACACAGCCUGGUGGUGAGGUGUCUGGAGGAGGCAGUAUGGGGGAGGCUUUCCACUGCAAGGGAAGAGGAGCAGUUCAUUGCGUUCCUGACCUUUCUCAUGCAGCCAAGUUCAGCCGUCCCACUUGUGUCACCUGCAGAGGUGAUCAAAGCCUUUGUCCUUCCCUAUUUGAAGUCAGAUUCUGCUCAAAUUGAGCUGAGCCUGCAGAUCCUCAGUAAGGUUUUGGGGAUACAGUCCUGUUCAGAAGAGCACUGGAUCAAGUCCUGUCACCCAUUCCCGCUUCUCCUCAGCCUCUGCAAGCUUCUAGAUGGUUACACAAAGUACUGGCAUCAGCCUAGGGACCAGCUCUUCCCUUCACUGGAGACUAAAGACCUGAUACUGAACAUCCUCAGCCAGCUCUGUGAGGUGGUAAGACCAGAAACUGCCCCCUCCCCUGAGCUGUGGGUCCAGUCACUGGCUUGGCUUCACAGGAAGAUGGCAUCGCUAGAUUGGACUGUUGGUCUCCGGCUGAAGAAGCUUUAUGGAGACCACUUCAAGAAUGAGGUCCCAUCGACGCUGUUUGAGAUUUGCACGCUUCCUGAGGAUGACUGGACAUCCCAGCCUUUGCCAGCCUAUGGACCAGGCAGUGGACUCCUGGCAUGGAUGGAGUGCUGCUGUGUGUCCACAGCGCUCAGGGACACAAUGCUGACACUCCUCACGGUCAAUGUGGACAACCCUGAAGAAGUGAAUCUCUUCAGCAAAGGGUUCUUGGUGGCUCUCAUACAGGUCCUCCCUUGGUGCAGCCACAGCGAAUGGAAGAGGCUCACGCACGUCGUUGAAAACCUUCUGCAGAGACAGGUCCUGCAUGUGCCGUACACACUGGAGUACGUGCAAUACAUGCCCUUGCUCAACCUCCGGCCAUUUGCCUGCUACCUCCAGUUCUCCGUGCUCUUUCUGCGGGGCUUCCAGCUCCUCUGCAGCUCCAGUUGUUCCACCUGGCUGCCAGCAGAGGCUUGGCUCCAUGUGGUCCGGCUGUACUGCAGCAGCCUGACGGACCUGCUGGGCUCUGUCAAGAAUGCCACAGGGCCCCCCUUGCCCCCUGCUGAGGACAGGACCUCCACGCAGGAGGUGUCCUUCAUUUGCAUCCAGAUGUUCUGCCACCUGCUGCACGUUGCUGCCAUGCUGCCCGACAAGGGGUGCAGCGAGCCGCUGGUGGUGGUGGCGUUGGAGAUCCUCUCGCAGUAUGAGACGUUCAGCAGCGCCGAUACAUCCCCCAGCAAUGCACUGCGGAAAGCCAAUGAGAGGCACUUCCUGGAGUCCAUCACGGACAAUGUUGGUGACAAGGCACUGCGUGGCACUCUCCUGCAGAAGCUCAGCAAACUGGGAGCCCACUCAGCCGGGGAACUGGCUUGAGAAGCUGGAGAGGGCAACAGAGGAGAGCAGUGACCCUGCCUCAAGGGGACCCUUUACAUGGAAAGUUGUAAGAUCCAUAAUAAACCCUGUCUAUUUUUCUCUCUUGAACUUA